AUGAUCCAUCACAGUAAGUCUGAGACAACCUAUCAGAUGUUGGCCACCACGUGCGUCAGAAAAUGCAGUAGUCUGACUAAUGCAAAAGGCUUUAUUACCGACGGAGAAACAGCCCUCCAAAAUGCAUUUCAAGAACAGUUGAAGCAUUCGCAGAGUCUCCGAUGCUUCAAACACUUCGAGAACAAUUGCAAGAAUAAAUUGAGGGACUUAGGCAUAAAAAGUGAAAAGGAUCAGAAGUACUUUUUGGCGAAGACGUUUGGAGUUCGUGGGAAAGAAGAAGGGAUCAUUGACGCAGUAGACGGCAAGGACCUGCGUAAACGUUUGAGAUCCGCACAAAAUGAAGUAGAGGAACAAGAACGACUGACCCUUGGUAAAGACGAGCAGUACGCCCCCAAGUAUUGGUCUUACCUGAAUGACAAUAGAAAGAUGAUAAGGAGACAUAUGGUAGACGAUGUAAGGAGAAAGGCUGGUCUGAUGGAUGGGGAAAACGGAAGGCCAAAAAGGUGUUACACCAACUGUUCGGAAUCGAUGAACAACAUUAUGAAGGCAGCAAAGAACACCUUUACCAAGGAAAGCGGUGCUACUCAUUUAACUGAACUCCAAUUUACCCGGCACGUGUUUGAAGCCAUACAUGAUCAUCAAGUUGAAGAGUUUCAGUCCGCAGUGGCUGGAGUAAGCGACGAGUAUGUCCUGGCUGACCACAGCAAAUAUUUACAGGUUCUAGCAGAUGUGUGGUUUGAUUGGUCACCCAAAACGAGGAAUACGUACAUUGGAAAUAUCCAAAAACUGUCCAUGGAAGACAUAUUUCAACAGAAAGAUGUCCCCUGGCCAAGUGACAACAUGAGCGAGGAUCGCUUCGAAUUUAGGGACCUUGAAGUAGACGUUGCUGGCAUCCUUUCAGAUCACUUCGGUUACUCUGCAGACAACUCCAUAGCAAUAAAGCGAGAGGUACUAAACUUAGUCAACCACCCAACAGCCAUUCAGCCCAAAGCCUCACUGGCCACGAAAGAAAACCUAAAGUUUGAAGUAGCUAGUCCAAGUGCUAGGAAUGGAAGUGUUCUGGUGACUGUUUACAGGGAUCACGUAGGAUGUGUUUGUGGCAGGUAUCGACAUGACAACAUAUGUAAACACUCUAUUGCUGUGGCUGCACGUCAGUCCAUUCUCUCCACCCACUUUAAUUUCCUCAAGAAGAAAUCAAAGAAAGGAAGCCGCACGGCCCUUGCAGAGUACGAUGUCAACAAGAAUACCGCAGGAAAGAAAGGGGCUAGAAAUAAAAACUCGUAUAGGCCGGAAAGAUAUUGUAGCAGUGGAGUAGAACCAAGUAAUCAAGCAAGGCAGACAUUCACUGAAAUCCAUCAUAACGAAAAUCAGUUUGUUUUGAUGUUCCUGCCACAAGAAGCCAGGACGUGCAAAUCAUGCGAAAUCGAGUUCUGUCAACGCAAGCAAGUCAUCCCAUUCAACAUGGUGUUUGCCCACAAAGAACGCUGGUUGUAUCCUGUUGAUGGUGAUUGGUCGAAAGCGAAAGCGUCAAAGAAGGAGACCAAUCGCUUUUAUCAUACUGCAAAGAAAUGCAUCCUUAAGAGAUUCCCCUAUUUCAAUUGGGAAUAUGUUGAAAUUCCGUCCCAUGUCGCUGAUUCUUUGAGUGAAUCGCACAGGAAGUAUCUCAGGAGCGAGUUUCAAGACGCUGUCGUAUAA